AUGAGGACUCACACGGGAGAGAAACCCUACAAGUGUAAGGAAUGUUCAUAUACUUUCUCUGUUAAAUCAAGUCUUAUCAGACACCAACGUACUCACACGGGAGAGAAACCCUACAAGUGUAACCGAUGCUCGAAAGGUCAUCUCUCAUUACAUAUAAGGACUCACACUGGAGAGAAACCCUUCAAGUGUAAGGAAUGUUCAUAUACUUGCUCUGAUAAAUCACGUCUUGUCAUACACCACCGAACUCACACGGGAGAGAAACCCUACAAGUGUAAGGAAUGUUCAUAUUCUUGUGCUCAGAAAGGUCAUCUCUCAUUACAUAUAAGGACUCACACUGGAGAGAAACCCUACAAGUGUAAGGAAUGUUCAUAUUCUUGUGCUCAGAAAGGUCAUCUCUCAUUACAUAUAAGGACUCACACUGGAGAGAAACCCUACAAGUGUAAGGAAUGUUCAUAUUCUUGUGCUCAGAAAGGUCAUCUCUCAUUACAUAUAAGGACUCACACUGGAGAGAAACCCUUCAAGUGUAAGGAAUGUUCAUAUACUUGCUCUGAUAAAUCAAGUCUUGUCAGACAUCAACGUACUCACACGGGAGAAAAACUCUAAAUUUGCCAGGAAUGUUCUCAUAUAACAACUUUUAUACUUGUUCUGAUCAGUCACACUUUAUUAGAUACCAGCGUAUUCACGGGUAAAGAAUGUCAGUUUACUUCACUUUUAUAUUAUUAGUUGAACAACAACGAGGUAUGAUCUAUGGUUGCAUUUAAAGUUUAGAAAUAAUCUCCACAAAUGUUUAGAGCUAUGUUUGAAAUGAAUUUUUCUGAUUUUUAAAUGAAAGAAUUUUGCAGUUUGUUGCACAAAUAAGUAAGGAAUUAAUCAUAAUCUUUGAUAUAUUAUUAGAUAUAUCUAACCAUUAAUU